CCUAUCGAAUCGAUAAUGCAAACUGCCUUAUCACUUUCUACAUCCAGUAUGCAUCCAUCAAUGGCUCACCACUCGAUCGGAUCGGGACUCUCUGUGUUAGUGCAUCGUUCCUCGCGUAUCAGUUCUCAGUCAGCUGGCAGUUGAGUAACACGCGCUUCUUUGCCGCCCGUAUUAUAAGCGAAGAGUGUUGUCAAUCAUCAUCAUCAUCAUCAUCAUCGGUGUUCUUCAGAGUGCGCGAUGCGGUUCAAGUCGCUGCUUCACCUGAUGCUACCGCUAUGGGUGGUCGUCAUAGGCUCUUCGGCCGCCUACCGGAUAUUGGGUCUAUUCGGGCAUCCCGGCUUGAGCCACUUCAAGGUGUUCCAACCGAUUAUGCGUGGAUUGGCCGAAGCCGGCCACCAGGUGACGGUGGUCAGCUACUUCCCAUCGUUGGACGAACCGCAUCCCAACUAUACGGAUUUCUCUUUUCAAGGACAAGAGCUGCUGACGAAUGCGUUCAGUCUGGAGGGCUUCUCCAGGCGGAGGUUUUUCGAUAAUUUUGUGGAGUUCUACGAGCUUGCCAGUUGGGGGUUUGAAACCUGUUCGGCGGCCUUGAACUCUCCAGCUUUGGAUCAGGUGUUGGCGUUGCAUCGGUCGAAGCCGUUCGAUUUACUUGUGACAGAGUACUUUGCGACUGAUUGCCUGCUGGGGAUAAGCCAUGUGAUGCAAGUGCCCCUGGUGGGACUAAGUAGCUGUGCCUUGAUGCCAUGGCAUUACGAGCGAGUUGGCUUGCCGGAUGAUCCAUCGUAUAUCCCGUCCGAGUUUAGUACAUUCUCCGAGCGGAUGAGCUUUUGGGAACGGUUCGAGAACUGGUUUGUUGUGAGAUCAACGAAUUUGCUGUAUCGUAUCGUCCAGUGGAAUGACGAUCGUCAGCUGGUGGCCAAGUUUGGUAAAGGCCUCCCAAGUGUAAGGGAGAUUGCCCGGAACACCAGCUUGAUACUGGUCAAUCAACACUACACCUUGAGUGGAGCGAGGCCACUGGUUCCUGCGGUUGUUGAAAUUGGCGGUGUACACAUUAGGAAGCAGAAACCGUUGCCCACGGAUAUUCAGAAGGUGUUGGACCACUCUCCUGAAGGUGUGAUCGUGAUAUCGUGGGGAUCUGUUCUGAGAGCUUCUACGCUACCGCAAAAGAAACGUGACGCCAUAUUGAAUGCUUUGAGGCGACUACCCAUGAAGGUGCUGUGGAAAUGGGAGGACGAGAGCCCUAAGGGUUUACCAAAGAACGUGAUUGUUCGGAAAUGGCUGCCACAACGGGAUGUUAUAUGUCAUCCGAACGUCCGCAUAUUCCUGUCACACGGUGGAUUACUGGGCGUAUCGGAAGCUGUACACUGUAGCGUUCCAGUUGUUGUGACCCCCAUCUACGGCGAUCAGUUCAUCAAUGCAGCUGCCUUGGUCAACCGGGGUAUGGGAGUUGCGAUGUAUUACGACAAAAUCACGCCGGAGUACGUAUACCAGUGUGUACAGGCGGCCCUUCAACCAAGCGUAAGGGAGGCCGCGAUUGCCGUAUCGGCGGCCUACCGACAUAGACCUCAGACUGCUCUGGAGUUGUCCGUAUGGUCUAUCGAGAACGUGCUGAAGAAUGGAGCACGUCGAUUGGAAAAAUCGUACGGAAGCGAACUGUCGGCGGUGGUUUACAACUCUUGGGAUGUGGGGCUAGUGUUUGCUGGAAUGGUGGCCUUAUGCUUGGCUGUUGUAGUUACGGUAGCAACAAAAUUGUUGAACAAGAAAAGUAAUGCGCGAAGAGCUGCUAAGAAAAGUAAAAGAUCUUAAGCUCAAAUAGUUGUAGAAAAAAAAUAUCGGAUAGCUCAAAUUAAUCGGAAUACAUGAAGCACGAUUGCUAUAGUGAUGAA